AUGAGACCACUGAAUGAUCAAGAGACUAUGCUAGUUUUCAAGAAACUUUCCAAAUUUGUUGGAAAUAACUUGCUGAGUAUGUUGUCUUACAAUAAUGAGGAAUAUGUUUUGAGACUUCAUAGAUUUAAUGUACAUUUUGUUAGAGCGGAUAUAGCCAAACAAGCAGAAUCGAUUAAUAAAAAUUCACUAGUUUCAUUAGGAAUUUGUAUUGGAAAAAUUACAAAAGCAAAUAAUUUUUUCCUUAAAAUUACAUCCCUAUCUUUGAUAAACGAGUUUUGCAUUCAUAAAAUAUGGCUAAAGGAGUCAGGAGAAAAAAAUUUUUUAUUCGGAAAUAAUGUCUUAAAGAGUCAUUUAUUAAAAAUCAGUGACAACAUAAGGAAAGGAGACGGUGUAAUUGUCUUGUCAAUGGAUGACAAUCCAAUAGGUUUUGGUAUAUCUAUAAGAAAUACCCAAGAUAUAAAAUUGUUAAAUAUUACGGAUAUUGUGUUAAUUCAUCAGAGUGAUGUUGGAGAAUAUUUAAGAAAUGAAACAGCUUUAUAA